AUGAGCGGGUCUCCUAGGGCGUCUCGUCAGACGCGCUCGCCCCCUGAGCGGCGCUCUACUGAGCCAGGUCCUUCGCGGCUAGGCGGCCUGUUCAACUCCCUUUUUGCCAAGUCCGCUGCAAAGCGCACGCGACCAGGGCCGGCAAGUGGUAGCGCUGUCCAGCAGGCCAGCACCGCCGAAGAGCGUGAUGGACCCAUCACUGCACCCGGAGGUUGGGGCUCCUUGCUCACAUGGCGCGGAGCUGCUCCCGACGCCCUGAUGAGUGCAGAGCCCGAAACGCUGGAGCAACCUACAGAUGUCGCGAGUCAAAGGCGCACACAUUCUAGGCGGAGCUCGAGCGUCGAUAGUCAUCGAGGCACCGGUGAUGUUUCCGGUCGAGGCAGCCAAGGGGGAGGAAGAAGUCGAGGUGCAAUACCCUUCGAUCUGUCCCCGCCUACAGCGACCACCGGUCUGCCAACUUCUGUCGGCGAGGAGGAUGACAAUGAGGAUCAUCGCUACGAGUCUCCCUUUGCGUCACCAAGCCGCAAAGGUCGGCCUAGGCUUGCCCUUGAUGCUCUGGCAGCUCAUUUAGAAGAUGGCUCUUUACCAGCAUCGCCAGUCGUCUCGCCGACCAAGCUGCAAGCCGGUGGGGACUCGGCGUUCGAAGUGGAACGUCAGCUUGGAGCAGAUGCCUACGGCACGCUAUCAAGGCUAAGUCAUCUCAAUCACCGACGCAGUAUACCUGUCUUGCCUCGGGCCUCGGGCGCUAUUCGGCAGGCCGGGCGGAGUAGCAUGGCCGAAGCUGCCGACGAGGCUGGCUUUCGGAGGAAAGGGAGCCUGCGAAUGGCAAGCGCUCCAGCUAGAGCUUGGCCAGGCUCAUCAUCUGACACCUCUGAGGGAAUUACACGAUGGGACAACAAAGAAGGCUGGUCAGUAGGAGAGCGUGAAAGGAUCGACGAGUGUGUGCGCAUGUGCGUGACGCCGGCUGGAGUAGAUAAUGAGUGAGUGUCUAUGCUCGUUUGCAUUGCUCUCAGUCGUCAGGAAAGGCUUAUGCACAUCCACAUGGACGCAAUCUCGCCAGAUCGAGACCGAUGGUCGUUCUCUCUGUAUGCUCUUUGCCGGAUCCAAAGGAGGUGGACUACGAUCACUUGUUUGUCCGUCUCAUGUCUGCUCUGGAUCUCUUCGUGGAAAACGACUACACCGUCAUACUCUUCGCAUCAGCCGGUCGCCACCGACCGGGGUGGAACUGGCUUUGGAAGGCGUACAAGGGCCUCACCAGGAAGUGAGUCGAGAUUGUGUUGCAAUGCGAUGAUCUGUUUUUUGUCGCUGAUUUUGCUGAGUCAUAUCUGCAGUUAUCGUAAGAAUUUGAAACGGCUCUACAUCGUUCAUCCCACGCUAUUUACGAAAACCCUUGUGCAAUUCAUCAACACUGGCUCUUACUUCAUCUCGCCGAAAUUUGCACGCAAGAUCGUGCAAUGCUCCACCCUUGCCGAGCUGGGGCAACAUGUGCCAUUGCAGCAGAUCGAGCUUCCUCCAGAGGUUCUCACUCACGAUCUGGCGUUGACGAAAGGAGAAGAAGCCAAGGAUUCCCUCUCCACGCAAGAAGCAGGUACGUUGGAUGCAACGAAGAAGGUCUUCGGCGUGCCGCUAGAGCAUCUGAUGGGGGAGUCCGGCGAAUACUGGUCUAUCCCACGCGUCGUCAAGGAUUGCAUAGAAUUUUUGCGUGCCCCUCUACCGGGCUCGGAAGACACAGGCGAGCUUCUCAUGGAUACCGAAGGAAUCUUUCGACGCUCACCCCCUUCAAGUCUAUUGCGUGCGGCUCAGAUGGCAUAUGAUGGCGGUCACCCUGUCAACCUUGAGCGAUACGGCGACGGCCCGGCGUCAGCUGCACAUCUCGCGGCGUCGUUACUCAAGACGUUCUUGAGACGCUUGCCAUCGCCGCUCUUUCCGCCAACCUUGUAUCCGCUCGUCAAAGCGUGUCCUCUACACGACGCUGGCGAGAACAAUCUCGAGGACACGUUGGAGUAUAUCAGAUCACGUCUCUUACCCGCUCUCGCGCCGCCCUGUAAGAUCACUUUGCUCGCGACGGUAUGCGAGCUUCUGCACGACGUUGCUCAACGCUCACAGCGGAACAAGAUGGAUGCAGCAAACAUGGCGACUGUCAUCGCCCCCAACUUGGUGCGAGGCUCUGACCCCCUGCGCGAUGUUGCGAUGUGCAGAGUGGAAGGCAUUGGUAGCAUGCAUUCGACGGUCUCCAGCAGCGGAGGCAAACCUCAAGGUCCACCUCCUGCAACUCUCAGUCGUGGUGCAGCAAGUACUCCUGACUCAAACGCCACAGACGUCAAAGGUCCAGCCGGCGGCGAUCGUACGUUAGGCACUGUGCUGCGUAUUUGCGUAGAACACGCCUACGAGAUCUUCCCUGCUGCCCCUGUGGAGCCGCCGAUGAACACUUCGUACUCAGACAGUAUCGACGGCAUCAUCAGUGGCGCCGUCACCCCCGCCCAGCCGUCCAGCCCAUCGGUGCCGCGUAGCUCGGCGCGGCUGCCUCCCUUAAGUACCAGCGUCAGCACAUGGACGGAUAGUAGCGCAAGCGAAGGCCGACCGAGCAGCGAGCAUGCUCUACUUGGACUCGGCCUUUCCGCCCAGACGAGUGCCCAUUCGCAGAAGAGCUCGGCCAGUCAGGGUGAUGCGAAUCUAUCGCCAGCUGGCGCAUCCGAAGCUAGCGCCUGGGCGCGCCCGCGCUCGGGAUCAGCAUCCCAACCAGCAGGACGUGGCAGCGCGGAGCAGUCAGCUACAUCAGCCGAACCCGCACAGCUCGAGGCCGGAAUGCACCCUUCUUCCACAGCACCUCACGGCGCCAGCAUUCGCAGCGUGGGAGGUGCCCGCAGCGGCGAAGGGGGAAGCUAUCGCGGUGCGGGUGGAGGCUUUGGAACCCUGGGAAAGAGCUCAGCAGGUAGCCUGAGAUUGACCAAAGGGCGCCUUGGCUCAAUUGGCAGUGGUUCGAGUCUGAGAGGCGCGUCCACGCUAGCAGCCACGGGUGCGCAUGCGAAUUCCAUCUUUGCCCAGGGGUCGCCACUGGGCAAGACUGUCCAAGGCGAUCAUGCCAUUACUCCUCCCAUGGCUACCGGGAUGGUACGAUAUGCGAGCACAGGUAGCGAGGGCCUCACCAGCUCUCCGUCGGGCGUCAGUCUGAGCGGGGCGAAUGCGUCUGGUCUCUUCUCCAAUUCAAGCGCGAGCAAUUCGACGCUCUCCUCUCCAGUGGCUAGGAAAGGGUCAAGCCCGUCGGCGCACACUGCGACAGCGGUCGACGACCGGUUCCCCCUAUCUGCAAGGAGUAGCACCCCGAGAACAAGUGCGUCAUCGAGCAGCAUGGUAGGAUCGACGAUGGAUGCAGACGUGCAAUCUAGCUUGAUGGUCGAUGCUCUAACCACACCACUGAACUCGAGCAUCGCGAACACUAAUCGAGCGCCAAGCACACCGGGUCCCUCGGCAGGUCAGCCCAUCUCCCGGCAUCUCAGCGCUCCCGGUGGCGGUCGGCCCCUUUCCGAGGUGGUCGAGCACGACGAUGACCAUCUGGAGUAA